AGUUAGGAAAAGGAACAAAUUCUUUUUAAUGUUGCUUCUCUGUGCUCUUUGGUAUCAGGGAAAAGAAAAAGAAAAGAAAAGAAAAGAAAAGGAACAAACUUUACUAUCAUUUGGUCAUAACAGAGCAAUGAAAGAAUCGAUUUGAACAAAGAAAACACAGAGUGAAUCAGAAAUGUCGAUAACAACAGCCUCAGCAGCAAGACAGAGACGCGUAAAUGUUUCGGAUCCAUCAUCCUCUUCAUCUUCUUCUUCUUCUUAUUCGAGGUUGGAUAAAUCGAAUUCAAAAUACACAGAAGAUGGUGAUGAUGAUAAGAAGGGAGUGAAAUGGUUAUUACCAUUGGUUGCAUUGAUUGUGUUUAGAUAUAUGAGCGCUACUUCGAAUAUCAUUCACGAUUGCGAUGAAGUCUUUAAUUAUUGGGAGCCUCUUCAUUACCUUCUUUACAAAUCUGGAUUUCAAACUUGGGAGUACAGCUCCGAGUUUGGGCUUCGCUCGUAUCUUUACAUCCUAUUCCAUGAAUUAGUUGCUCGACCUGCUUCCUGGUUCAUCGGCGACGAAAAAGUUAGAGUAUUUUAUGCAGUAAGGCUAUUCCUUGGUCUCAUCUCAGCAGUGACAGAGUCAGCUUUGGUGGUAGCUCUUUCCAGGAAGUAUGGGAAACGACUUGCAACCUAUACACUGGCGAUGCUAUGCUUAACAAGUGGUUGUUUUUUUGCUAGCACUAGUUUCUUGCCAAGUUCAUUCUCUAUGUAUGGUGUUACUCUUUCGUCAGCACUCUUUCUUUUCGAUAAACCUGCAAUGGCAGUUUCAGUUGCAGCUGCUGGUGUCAUCCUUGGCUGGCCAUUCUCAAUCCUUGUUGUCGCUCCAGUCACAUGCUAUUGUUUACUGAAAAGAUUUAAGCAAGUCUUUUUUCCAGCUGCAGCCACUUCUGUUGUUGUUUUGACACUCUCUGUAGUUACUGAUUAUUACCACUACGGAAAAUGGACAUCGUCUGUUUUCAAUCUGCUGGUAUAUAAUGUCGCCGGAGGGGGGGAGAGCCAUUUGUAUGGGACCGAAGAGCCAUCAUUUUAUUUGCGGAAUGGUUUCAACAAUUUCAACUUCGGUUUGGUUCUUGCGCUGUUGUUCGUUGCGAUUCUUCCAAUCGCAAAGAAGAAAUAUGCCCCUGACCUGCUGGUUGUAGUCUCACCAAUUUAUAUUUGGUUGGCGUUUAUGUCUUUGCAGCCCCACAAAGAAGAAAGGUUCCUUUAUCCAAUAUACCCUCUUAUAUGUGUUGCUGCUUCAGCUGUCAUUGAGAGCUUUCCUGAUCUUUUUCGAAAUAAGUAUGAUCCUGAAUACAGAUCUGUGCUUGUCAUGAUUGCUAAAGUUCUCAGACCUAUAGCUCUUGGAGUCAUAUUAUGUGCCUCACAUGGUCGGACAUUCUCGCUUAUUCAUGGGUACUCUGCGCCUUUGGAGAUUUACAAGCACUUAGAACACUAUGAAGAUUCUGGAAAUAGUUCCGUGCUCUGCGUAGGAAGCGAAUGGCAUCGAUACCCAUCAUCCUUUUUCAUUCCUGAUUAUGUUAGUGAAGUUCGAUGGAUAGAUGAUGGAUUCCGAGGGCUCCUUCCUCAUCCAUUCAAUUCUAGCUUGGGUGGGACUGCUGCGUCCCCUCCUUAUUUCAACAACAAGAACAAGGCGUCUGAUAAACAAUACCUCAAAGAUCUCGAAGCCUGUACCUUCCUUAUAGAAUUGCAGCUUAAACGACCUUAUCCUACUCGAGGAAGCGAUAUAAAUAAAUGGGAGGUUCUUGCAGCAUUACCGUAUCUCGACAGAGAACUCUCACCUGCCAAGUACAGAUCUUUCUUCAUCCCAUAUGUGUGGGGGCAUAUGAAUGUAUUUGGAAUGUACAAACUGCUUCGAAGAAUUCCAGAGUAAACAUGUCACGGGCGACUUUUUUCUUCUAGAUUCAGAUCAUGUUGCAAGACAGAUCGCAGGCGCUAUUUGUAUCUAUUCCAUCUUUCGGCGUCUUAUGCAUGCAAAAGAAUUGGACGGGAAGGCAGUCUAACCUCCUUAACAGUGGAAUUGAUCAAGGCAACCUUAUUAACCAUGGGUUUCAGCCACUUUAAAAGUCUGAUAACUUUUUGCUGACUAGUCUCCACUUUUAUGUAUUUUCCAUGUCUAACAAGUACUAGAAAAACCUGUUGCUUAAUUGGGUCAAGAUUAGCUUUUAGGCUUGAGCUUCAUCACAGGUUGAUGAGUAUUAGUUAAUUUUGCGUAUACUUGAUGAUGUUCUUGUAUUUGGGUAGUGAUUUAAUUCCUCUCUA